AUGCUAGUGACAGAAUUUCUCAUUACUGGAUUUCCUGGACUUCGAGAUCAAGAAAGUAGAAAAACAUUGUUUGCCAUUUUCCUGUCAGUCUACCUGUUCAUCCUAGUUGGGAACAUCCUAUUAAUCCUCAUCUUUACAUCAGACCGAACCUUACACACCCCCAUGUACACACUGGUCUGUGGAUUGGCUUUUUUAGACAUUGCCAUCACAACUAACACUGUGCCCAGUAUGCUGGUUGUGUUUAGACUUGAAUCUCGAUCCACUCCUUUUGCGACCUGUUUUGUUCAGAUUGUAUUUUUUCAGGGUUUAUUCUCGACAGAAUGCUUCCUUCUUUGCUUAAUGGCUUAUGAUCGUUACAUUGCCAUCUGCAAUCCUCUGCACUAUCCCAAUUUAAUGAAUAACAUUCGUGUCUCCAAAAUGAUAGCUUGCUGCUGGCUGACUGGCUUUAUUUGUGCCACAACUUGUGUCAUCCUUACUGUCCAAUUGCCAUUCUGUGGGUCCAAUCAAAUUAAUCAUUGCUUCUGUGACUUUGCUUCAGUUCUGCUUUUAGCCUGCGGGAAUAUUGAAAUGACUGGCUUUGUGGUCUUGUCCGUAGGCUUGAGUGUGCUGUUUAUCCCUUUGAUAUUUAUUCUCUUCUCUUACAUGAGGAUCAUAUAUUCUGUGGUGCGAAUCUCUACCACUGAAGGCCGACUUAAGGCCUUCUACACAUGUGGCACACAUAUGCUGGUCAUAUCUGUGUUCUUUUUAGUAGCUGGUGGGGUCUUCAUUUCUGACCGAAUUGCUGGUACAUCUGUGGACAUGAGGAUCAUGGGACUGAUAAUCCAGAAUGUCUUUCCAGCUUUAAUGAAUCCUAUUAUUUACUGUCUGAGGACCAAAGAAAUCAGAAAAAGCUUUGAAAAAACCUUGAGAAAAAUUAGAAUUUUACCAAGUAGCUUGACGAAUUAA